AUGACGACAUGGGCCAGGAUGGUUAUGAAAGGCUCCAAGGGAGCACGGAGGGAGGCUCGGCUCGAGAAUACCAAGGAGCAACGUGAAAAACGACGGUCCGCAGAAGAAAAGCGAGCAGCUCGGGCGGCGGCCCUGCGUGAGCGGAAGAAGAUCUACACCGAGGCGCGCGCUGCUCUUCUCCAGCCGGUCCAUCAGUUGAAAUUGGACACCAUCGUGGAGCACCCGGAGGAAGCUCUAUCCACCGACAGCAAGAAAGGGCAGGCGUAUCGGCAGGCGUAUGCCAUCUUGUUCUUCGUGUCUUUGGAGUACUUCCUACUUCGGAUUUUUGAGGUUAUCGAGACGCGUUUGUUGACGAGUUGUCGAAUUAGCUUCCAGAACAAGGGUGGGAUUUGCUUUUUUGUUAGCGUUGAGUUUUGGGGACGCAAUGCCACCAAAUAGUCCUGUCUAGCAAUAGGUUUUGAAUUACCAGACAUGCCUAGCGAGACCCUGAUUCAGCCCCCGAUGUAGGCUUACACUUCCCUUGGUUCCUGUUUGGCGGAGCAGGUUGAAUGAUAGAUUUCACCCCAUGGAGCACAGCAGACUUGCAGCAAUCGGGGCAGGCGUGA